CAUCAAAUUUCAUCUUCUCCUGCCUGUUUUCACGCGUGUAGCACAUAAUUCUUCUGUAUUCAAAGAACACAACCAACUAAUCAAACUGAAGAAUCAGCACAAUGGGAAAGGGUGGAGACGCUACACAAGCUCGGCCUGCGGCCAGAGUCUUCAAGGGACAACAGACGGACGCCGAGGGAAAUUGGAAGUCGUCGUACAAUCCUUUGGACAAGAAUGCGCCUGAGCUGCCCACCAAGGGCCAAAUCAAGGCCUCUAUCCCGGCUCAUUGCUUCGAGAGAUCCUACAUCUGGGGAAUGGCGUACCUGAUCCGUGACUUAAUUAUUGCUAGCGCCUUUGUUUAUGCCACCAGCAAGUGCCUCUCCACGGAUCUCCCCGACAUUCGCGAUCCUGUUGCCGUACUGACAUGGACCUUUGGAUGGUCGUUCUAUGCCUUUUGGAUGGGAACCAUCAUGACCGGUCCCUGGGUUGUGGCACACGAAUGCGGACACGGAGCCUUCAGCCCUAGCCAAACCUGGAACGACAUUGUCGGGUUCGUAGUCCACCAGAUCCUCCUCGUGCCUUACUUUGCCUGGCAAUACACCCACGCCAAGCAUCACCGCCGCACGAACCACCUUACCGAUGGCGAAUCUCACGUUCCCUCCACCGCUUCAGAAAACGGCCUCGGACCCAACAACGAGCGCGAGUCUUUUUAUGCCGUUAUGCACGAAGCGAUCGGAGACGGUGCCUUUGCCGGAUUCCAGGUGUGGACCCAUUUGGCCAUUGGCUGGCCCCUUUAUUUGCUCGGACUCGCCUCCACCGGCAAGAUGGAUCACAAGGGGCAACCCCUCGCCGGACGCAUCGCCGACCAUUUCCGCACCGAUUCACCCAUGUUCCCCGGAAAGAUUUCCUUUAAGAUCGGCAUGUCGACCUCAUUCAUCAUCCUCCAGUUGGCCGCUCUGUGCUACAUGAUGCUGCCUUCCCAGAUCGGCCCCAUGCCCGUCAUCUUGUGGUAUUGGAACCCCUAUUUCUUUGUCAAUGCCUGGUUGGUAUUGUACACGUGGUUGCAGCACAACGAUCCGUCGGUCCCCCACUACGGAACCGGAGAGUGGACUUGGGUUCGUGGUGCUCUUUCCACCAUCGACCGUCCCUACGGAAUCUUUGACUUCUUCCACCACCGCAUCGGAUCGACCCACGUUGCCCACCACUUGUUCCACGAGAUGCCACACUACAACGCCUUGGAAGCGACCCACGCCCUCAAGGCCUACCUCGAGCCCAUGGGUCUCUACAACUACGAUCCCACCCCCUGGUACAAGGCCAUGUGGCGGGUAGGAAAGACAUGCCACUACGUGCAGGAUGAUACCGGAAUCCAAUACUACAAGUCCAUGGAAGAUGUGCCAUUGACGAAGGAUGCCAAGAAGACGAAAUAAGGAACAAAACGAGCGAGCAAACGCGUGCAAUCGUGUGCCGUGCCAGCGCUAUUCAGUGAUAUUUUAACCCGUGGCAGAACAAACAAAACCUGCUCUUCCACUCAAAAAGUUCAACUUUUUCAUUUUAUACGGUAACCAUAAAAUAUAUUUUGCUAGAGAUUUCAUUAUCUUUCACAAUCUUCAUUCGGCUCGCUGUGACCCGUCAUUCGCAAGGUCAUGGGAUUCCGACUUAACAGUGUUUUUUUCUCACGCGUUAUGAUACAUCGCUCCAAGCGGAAGACUAAAAUGUCUCUCCAAAAACUAAAGUGACAGAGUGAGGGUAAAUCGUGUAAACAAUCUAGGGCAGAAUAAAAAGUCUGCUAGUUAUGAUAGUAUGUUACGCCGUAGUACAUCAAGGACAUAAAAAGUCUGUCUGUCUUUGAGAUUGACCUCCCAUAGCACUGGAUACAAUAAUUUUUUUAAAAUCCCGCGGAGAAGACUUCACCAUGCUGUGCACAACUCGAAUCGUUACGAUCCGUAUAUUGGAGAAAACACAGCAUCUCAAAGGCGCCCAAGAAAUCGACUUAUGCAUUCAUCAAAACAAUGUAUAUAAUGAUAAUAAAUAACAAUGACACCC